AUGUUCGGGCUGUACUCACAGAGCUUCAAGGAGACGCUGGGUUACAACCAGCAGAUCCUCGACAUGGUUGGCAUGGCGAAGGACAUUGGCGGAAACGUAGGGAUCGUGUCAGGAUUUGUUGGUGACAUCGCACCCACGUGGGUCGUUCUGGUGAUCGGUGCCGUGUUGAACGUGAUUGGCUACGGCUUCUUGUGGCUCGUUCUGACGGGGCGGUUGGGCGGCGCGUGUCAGCCGCCAGUGUGGGUGGUGAUGGCGUUCAUCUGCGUGGGCACCAACGGCGCCACCUUCUUCAACACGGCAGGCCUCGGCUUCAUCGGUCUGAGUGGCGCACUGUUCACGCAGUUCUACCUCGCGCUCUAUGCGCCCAACCGCGACGCGUUCCUGCUCAUGGCGGCGUGGCUGCCGUCGCUCGUCGCCGUGCUCGCCACGCCCGCCAUUCACCAGCUGCCACCCGCCAGCGAGCCCUCUGAGCGCGCGAACCUCAUGGCGGUGCUGGCAGCAGGCGUGGGCCUGGCGCUCUACCUGCUCGCCGCCAGCCUGCUGGACCACUCCGUGCCCGUCACCUGGCACGUCAGCGCGCUCAUCUCGCUCGGCGCGCUUGCCAUCCUGGCGUGGCCUGCUCGCAUCGCAAUCAGUCAAGAGGUGGUCGCGGAGCAGCAGCGCGCUGUGCAUUCCGCCAGGCUGGCAGCAGGGGAGGCCGUGGAGGAGGGCAAUGGCAGUCAGGGAUUGGCGCAUGAAGAAGGGGGGAAUGUCAGAGAAGCAGCACACCUUGGCCGCAGUGGUUCGGAGGUACGGCUGAGUGGCAAAGGAGCAGGGCAGGAAGGCACUGAUAGGCGUGCUGUGGUGAGGCAGAGAGUGAUGGGUGAGCGGCACACACAGGAUGAAGAGGAGAGGCAGCCGUUGGUGGGCAGUGGCAGCAGUGGAGUGCGGACUGCUGCUGCACCACAUGCUGCUCCGCUCAAAGCCAGAGAGAGUGAAGCGCGGUCAGAGCAACAUGACCCCAGCAGCGAUCACUCAGGAGCUGCUACAGCCUUUCCACAGGUGGGGGACGACCACACGUUGUGGCAGGCAGUGCAGACGCUGCCCUUCUGGCUCAUCUAUGCCGCCAUGACGCUUGCCUCAGGGUCGGGCCUCACAGCCAUCAACAACCUGGGGCAGGUGGGGCGGUCGCUGGGCUACGAGCAGCAGGCAGUGGGCAUCUUUGUGUCGCUCAUGAGCAUCUGGAACUUCCUCGGCCGCGUGGGAGCGGGGUACAUCUCAGAGCACUUCCUGCACGAGCGGGCCGUGCCGCGCCCUGCCUUCAUGGCCGCCACACAGCUCGCCAUGGCAGCGGGUCACCUGCUCUUCGCCUCCGCACUGCCUGGCUCGUUGUAUGUGGGCUCUGCCAUUGUUGGGCUGGCGUAUGGGUCGCAGUGGGGCCUCAUGCCUGCGGUGGCGUCGGAGGUGUUUGGGCUGCGGCACUUCGGCACGCUGUACAACUGGCUCACAAUCACCAACCCCACCGGCUCCUACCUCCUCUCCGUCUGCAUCGCUGGCUACCUCUACGAUUACGAGGCAGAGCAUGAGGCUGCCUCCUCUCCGCCUUUCCCCAUCGGUCCUGCUCCUGCGCCUGCACCAGCGUCAGGAGGGCCUGCGUUGAUGUGCCAUGGAGCCCACUGCUUCAGAGUCACCUUCCUGGUCAUGGCUGCUGCCUGCGUGGUGGCCUCCUGCCUGUCCCUGGUGUUAGUGGGCCUCACCCGCUCCCUGUACCUGGCGGAGUACACCCGAUGCCUCAGCAUGGAAGAGGCUGCUCCACCUGGAGUGCAUGAUGCCUCCAGCAAACAGGAUGUGGAGAGGGCUGGUGAGGUGAAACCACAAGUCAGCCAGUACUGA